AUGGACAAGUUAUUGACUAAAAGACCAACAAGCACCGAGUCUAGUGUUAAAGAUAAUAACGCGACCACAUCUUCAAGUCUGAAACGAGCAAGAGUUGAGUUUGAUCAAAAUAACCUAAUCGCGGAUCCCGGGCUUCGAAUGCUGAUUGAGAAAUAUGAUGCCAACAUUAGAGAUGAGGUGAGACAAUCUUAUGUAGCAAAAGGUCCUUGUCAACCAAAGACUCAUGACUUUCCUAAGAAGAAAUAUGGAAAUCAGAAUAGGUGUUUCAAUCCUUCAUGGUUUGAAUCUUUUCCAUGGCUAGAAUAUAGUGUGGAGAAGGAUUAUGCAUUUUGCUUGUGGUGUUAUUUGUUUAAACCAACAACUUAUGGAUUGCAAAGCAUGAGUGAUGUGUUUUCAAAAACGGGGUAUAAUAAUUGGAAGAAUGCAAUUUCUACUUUCAGAGAUCAUGAAGGAAAUGUUACUAGCAUUCAUAAUUUUUCAGCUGAUAAAUUGGAAUUACAAGGUUUAGCUUUUUGGGGGCAUGAUGAAUCUUCAAGUUCCAAGAACAAGGGUAACUUUUUGGAGUUACUCUAUUGGUAUGGUGCACGUGUUGAUAAGAUUGCCAAGACAUUGAAAGCAAAUGCUCCCGGGAAUAACCAAAUGACUGCUCCAAAAAUUCAAAAGGACUUGGUGCAUUCUUGUGCUAAAAAAGUGAGAUCACUCAUUAUUGAAGACAUUAGUGAUCAGAUUUUCUCACUUAUGGUUGAUGAAGAUAGAGACAUUUCAGUGAAGGAACAAAUGGCUAUUGUUUUGAGAUAUGUUGAUUCUCGUGGACAAGUGAUUGAGAGAUUUCUUUGUAUAGAGCAUGUGAUAGACACUUCAUCCAAGACUUUGAAAGAGACUAUUGAUGAUUUAUUUGCAAAAUAUGGAUUGUCCUUAUCAAGGUUAUGA